GUUGAACAAACUUGCUUACUCCCAUGAUCAGGAUCGCGGCCUGCAUCUUUCUUGAAUAGACCGCAGGCUUGUAUGGUUUUCUUUCUACUUUUCCGACAAACUACAUAGCCCAGGCUUUCUCUUGUUCAAAACGACGAGACUUUGCUUGUCAUGAAGCCAAAUUUCCCUGACGGCCUGCGCAUCACGCCUUCUUGCAACCCAUUCUCGGCUGGUCAUCAUUCGCGUGAGGACGAUGCAUUCGGCUGGUCCGCGCAAGCGGAAGCUAUCGAACGAUAUGGCAUCGCGGGUCGUGUAUGGGAAGCAUCGUACAUCAUGGAAGAGUAUCUGAACCCCAAAGCCAUCCUUGACCCUCCUGGUAUUUUUGCUGCAGAGAACAGCAUCCAGACUGCAGAGAACGGCAUGCAUGACAAUGCUACAGAGGACGGCAGCGGUAGCGGAGCCCCGAAGGUCAUUCUGGAGCUGGGGUCAGGGACGGGGCUGUUGAGUGCAAGGAUGGCAGAGCUUGCUUCUCCCGAGGACUUGAUUAUCGCGACUGACUUACCAGAGGUCUGCCCAUUGAUAGAGAAGAACAUCGGCUCUACAAUAAAGCGCGCAGCGUGCACCGUCGCAGUACGGCCUCUGGCGUGGGGAAACGCUGAACACGUUGAGGCGUUACGCAGAGGAUAUUUUUCCUCGCUCAGCUACAAGGCGCUCACGCACGUCGUCUGCAGCGACCUGGUCUACUUCCCCGAGCUUCUCGCACCCCUCCUUCGCGCCUUAUUGUCCGUGACCACCGCGCCCUUCAUAGACCGCGCUUCUCCGCCCACCAUCGCCAUCUCGUACAAAGUGCGCAGCCUCGUGAAAGAGUCCCCGUUCUGGAGCGCGUUCGGACUGUGGUUCAACUUCGCACCGGUCUUUGCGAAGGAUUCGCGCGGGCGAUGGCGGAGGGUGGGUGCGAUAGAAGGCGCGGGGGACGAUGCCAUGUUCCUCUUUGUUGCACAAAGGAAGGCAGAAUCCCUCAACUGGCCCAUUCCAGACUCGGACGAGGAGCUCCUUGGUGGAGUAGGUGCGGAGGGGACCAUGAGCAGGAAAGGGGAUUCUACAUUCGAGUCUCUUUUGCUGAUGGAUAUUUCUGACUGAGCUUGGAGCGCGAGCGGUCUGGCGCGGACUUCUCCCUCAGGUGAAUGUGCAAAGGGGGUAUCCGGCGGUGGCA